AAGUUGCGACUACACCUUUUCGCGACGACAUUUCAUCGACAUUUCACACUUCACUCAUUACCUCACUGACAAAAGUUCACAUUCCAACUCACCAACAAUUGGUCGCCUUCUAACGGCAUUUACUGUGUAACAAGCGACGCAUCAACCUCUAAUUUCAAAGGCGGAUUCACGGCCAGCCGCUCACAACGAGCAACCGCCCCCGACAGAUUCAAGGGUUCACAUUCAAAAUGGUUACCACACGGAACGGGAAGCGCACAGCCGCCGAGGCGCCCGCCGCAGCUGCGAACACCAAGAAGCAGAAACUCCCGGUCCGAGCAAAGGAGGGCAAGACGGCCGCCAGCAAAAAGGAUGAGACCAGCCGGUCGUCCUCAUCAAAAAAGAGGGCCUCCUUUGUCGUGGAGCUGAAAUCGGAAGCAGGCGCGGCUGCGGGCGCGCAGGACGUCAAGGAAAAGCAGAUCAUCACAGGCGCCGAGCAGCCCGCGCCCAGGACGGACGGUGAUGAGAUUGGGGAUUCUGAUGCCUCGCCCGAGUCAGUUGGCGAUGACGCGCAUGAUGCUGCGGAACAGCUUGCGGCGGAGGCCACGACGGCGCUCGUUGCCGAAGGAGGCGCCGACGACGACGAUUCCGACUCGGAUGCGGCGCCUGAGGCUGUUUCUACGUCCAAGGCUGCCGUGCAGGCCAAGAAGUCUGCGCAGGCUGCCAACAAGGCCAUUGCAGAACAACAAGCCAACCAGAAGCGCAAGCGCCAAGAGCGCAACGCCAGACUCCAAGAACAGGCCGCAGCGCGCAAGGCUCAGGAGGACGCGGCACCGGCGACGAAGUCGAGUGACGAAGAGGAGGAGGGCGAGGAUCAGACCGAGACCCCGGCGCGGGAAGCUACCACCACAGGACGCCGGAAGAGGCUGGAUCUCCCUUCGGAGCUCCCGGCCGAGUUUCUCGAGUCCGACUCGGAGGACGACGGCGAGAGCGACGGGGCGGGGGAUCGCAAGCCCCGCAAGGCACGGAAGCUCGAGACGGCGGAGGCCCAGCUCCUGCGCGAGGCCCGCGCGCCCAGGGACGAGGUCGUUGGCACAACCGUGUUCCGGACCGUCAAGAAGGAGGACGAGAGGCUGGCGCCCAAGGCGCAGAAGUAUUCUGUCAAUGCGAAGAAGGCGUUACUGGCCCGCGGUAGGGCGCCGGUGAAGGCGCGCAGGGGGUUUUUGGUCUAGGAUGUUGUAGCGAAGGGGAUGUGGAAAGGCGCUGCUUAAUUAAUGGAUGUCUAGGGACAUGCUCCGGGGGCAAUGGAUGAUAUACAAAAGUUUUUGGGUUUGCGGUUCAUCAAGCGGAGUCUAUCUGCACAUCUGUCC